UGUCGUAUUAUAGUAGUUUGUCAUAUUACAGUAAGAAUUUUUUUUUAAUAAUCCGCGGCGGUCGAAGGACCGACCUUCCCAGGACAGCUGUUACAACUUACAAGUCUGUGCUUUUGCGGUUUGCCUUUUUAGAAUGCGAACAUCUACGCGAGAACGGAGUAGAUUUUAUUCGCUCUAAUUUUAUCGCUUUUUCAGUUGUAGAUUUUAAGGUUUGAAACCGUUAGAAAUUUCACAAUUAAGUUGCCAGCAUUAGUGCCGAGCAUCCACUGUAUUUUAAACAAUUUUUCCUGAGUUGAUUUUUGUAGUGCAUGAAAUGAACUCGUACUGCGUGAGUUUUGAAGCACUGUAAUUAUCUAAUCACGAUGCUGGAGGCAUGGAAGCACAUCCUCAACAUUCCUUGCGACAUCUCCACCUGUUCCUCCAGCAUUCUGGACGCCAGCGUCGUCGGACACCGCGUGAUCGUCCGCCUGGAUGCGGCCAUCCGCGACGUCCUGGCGCAUGCAUCCCGUGAUGCAGCGGCGCCUGCUUCCCUCCUGCAGCCCCUGGAGACCCUCUUACUGUACGCCUGGCAGGAGCUGAACACGGGCAAAUGGAGCGACGUGGAUGCCAACUGGCACGCGCUGUACGCCGCGGUGUCCUGGCUGAAAGCCGUGGCCACGGUGCUGGUGCGCGGCGGCCAGCCGACGGAGGCGCUGGGCGAGGAAGUGAUUCGUAUCUGUGAUAUGGGCCAUCUGAUGGGCGGCGAUGUCUGGGAGGGGAUUCUCAUUCACACCAUCUCUAAUGUGGAGAAGUAUCGUAGUGGAGUGGCAGCAUACGACGGGCACAGUAGCGCUGGCAAUACCGAUCACCUGCAUCCGGCCAAACGUCCCAAACCUUCCCACCGCCCGGCGAUCCGCCAUCCCAUCCCCACUGUUCACUUACCCUCCCUGCAGGCCUUCCACUCCACCUACCUCUCCACACACACUCCGGUGAUCAUCCAGGGUGCCCUCUCCACAUGGCCGGCCCUGGACAAAUGGUCGCCGGAAUAUCUGCGGCAGGUGUGCGGCUCCCGCACCGUCCCGGUGGAAUUGGGCCGCCGCUACACCGAUACCGACUGGACGCAGCAGCUGAUGACGGUCGGACAGUUUAUCGAUCGCUAUAUCUAUCUUCGCGACAAUCCGGACGGCCAGAUGGCCUAUCUGGCGCAGCAUGAACUCUUCCGGCAGGCGCCGGGGCUGGCGGACGACAUUAUCACGCCGGAUUAUGUGGCGUUUGCGGGGGAUGAUGAGCCGGAUGUCAAUGCGUGGUUUGGGCCGGAAGGCACCGUAUCGCCGUUGCAUUAUGAUCCCAAGGAGAAUUUCCUGUGUCAGGUGAUGGGGGAGAAGUUUAUCCGGCUGUACCGGGAGGAAGAGAGUGAGCGGCUGUAUCCGCAUGAGUCGAAAAUGCUGGGAAAUACUAGUCAGGUGGAUGUGGAAAAUCCCGAUUUAGACAGGUUUCCCAAAUUUAGCGAAGCCAAAUACGAAGAAGGAAUUCUGGAAGCGGGUGAUAUGCUGUAUAUUCCGGCCCGAUGUUGGCAUUUUGUUCGGAGUUUAUCCGUUAGUUUUUCUGUGAGUUUUUGGUUCAAUGGACAGAAUGAUGCCUCAUCGAAUUAGAGAACCAGAAUCGAAAACUCUGUGACAAUAGUUUAUAUGAUUUCUAUGCGCACACGGCACACCGUACUGACAAAAAUGCCAAUAUUUCGUACAUUUUAAAUCUAUUUGAUGCAGAACCGAAAUAAAUUUUUUUCG